AUGCCCAAUCCACCAACCCUAGUAUUCAUCCCCGGCUCGUGGCACAAACCCACCUGCUACAACAAAAUCACAACACCCCUGCAAGACCAGCACCACCUAAAAUGCAUCGCAAUCACCCUCCCCUCAACAACAGGAACCCCGGCCGCAACAUUCAAAGACGACAUCGACGCCGCCCGCGCCGCCAUCUCAUCCGAAACAACCCAGGGCCGCAACGUCAUCGUGAUUGCCCAUUCCUACGGAGGUAUGGUCGGGAAUAGCGCGAUCAAGGGGUUCACUCUCCCAAAGGACCCAAGCCACGCAGACCCUAAUCACGGACACGUCAUCGGCCUUAUUCUUAUAGCGUCAGGGUUCACAUUCACAGGGCUAGCCUUCAUGGACCCCUUUUUCGGCCACCCGCCGCCCUUCUGGCGUGUAAAUGCCGCGACGGGUUUCGCGGAGAUCACAGCGGACCCGCGCGAGCUCUUCUACCAUGACCUCCCAAUUGAAGAGGGGCAGUACUGGGUCUCGCAGCUCACGACCCAGAGUCUGAAGUCUCUCUUCGAGGGCGGGGAGUACUCGUAUUCGGGCUGGCUGGAUGUGCCGGUUUGGUAUAUUGGGACGAGCGAGGAUCGUGGCUUACCUGUUGUUGUGCAGCGGAUGCAGAUGGGGAUGGGGAGGGCGAUGGGUGCGGAUGUGGUGCAUAGGGAGCUGGGGACGAGUCAUUCGCCGUUUUUGAGUCGGCCGCGGGAAACGCUGGGGAUUGUGUUGGAGGCUGUUGAGGCGUUUUGUAUGAGGGCUGGAGGAGUUGAGUUGGUGGUGGGUGGGCGGGUUGGAAAUGGUGAUGCCGUCAUGGUUGUAGAGGCCUCGCUCUGGCAGCCUGGGACGUGGUUUAGAUAUGGAAUACCGCUGGUUCUGGGCAAUGUAAUAGGGAAAUGUGUUCUCCUGUUUACCUGGGGAAGGAGAUUAUGGAGAUCUAGGUCGUGA